AUGGGGCCCCCGGGCAAUAGGAGAUCAUGGGGCCCCUGUGUCCUUGACCAAACUCAAAAAAGCCUCCAACGUUUAGCAUUCGAAUGCAGUACCCCUCCACUGCAUGUGUGUGCAGCAUUUGUGGUCACUAUGAAGCAGCAGGAACAAAAGGGCUCAACAGGGGCGGACUGACAACUCAUGGGACCCCCGGGCAAUAGGGGAUCAUGGGGCCCCUGUGUCCUUGCCCACACUCAAAAAAUCCUAUAAAAAAGGUACCAGGGGCAUUUCAUGGGGCCCCCUACUGACCUCGGGCAGUGCCCGAGUGCUCAAAUGGUCAGUCCGCCCCUG